GUCGUCACCAUUUGCGUUAUUAUUAACUCAAGAGAAAAUCGGCAAUUAGCCACACGAGAAGGAUCUAAAUAAUUCAGUUUGCUGUGCGGUUUAGAAGUGAUCGUUGGUAUAAAGAGAAAGAAACGAAUAUUCUGCAUAAAAUUAGGUGAUAAAUUAAGGCGACAUCAUGUUUAAUUCUGUUUUGGAAGCCGCACGAAACUCAUCGUUCAAAAGUCCCUUUACCACAGCCCAUUGCGAUGCGUCCAGUUCAAGCGACAACAAAGAACUCGUCGCUGGCCGAAACAUCUCAGCAGCGGCAACACCCGAAGGAGAUUCCUGUGAAUUCGGUUCCAAUAAAUACUUUGCCCUAUGCGCUCUUGGUGGAGUAAUCUCAUGCGGAUCGACUCACACUAUGGUCGUUCCCCUUGAUCUGGUCAAGUGUCGUUUGCAAGUCGACGCUGCCAAAUAUAAGUCAGUCUUCAAUGGAUUCCGAGUCACCCUCCAAGAGGACGGCAUUAAGGGAUUGUCCAGAGGCUGGUCGCCAACAUUCAUCGGUUAUUCCAUGCAAGGUUUUUGCAAAUUUGGAUUCUACGAAGUGUUCAAAGUUUACUACGCUAACAUGAUUGGCGAGGAGAAUGCCUACGUCUAUCGUACAUUGUUAUAUUUAGCUGCAUCAGCCAGUGCUGAAUUCUUUGCCGAUAUAGCUCUAUCGCCAAUGGAAGCUGCCAAAGUUAAAAUUCAGACCACCCCUGGAUUCGCAAACACUUUGCGUGAAGCAUUGCCAAAAAUGUCAGCAGCUGAAGGCAUGUCUGCCUUCUACAAGGGUUUGGUUCCGUUGUGGAUGAGACAAAUUCCGUACACGAUGAUGAAAUUCGCUUGCUUUGAAAAAACAUUGGAAUUACUUUACCAAUACGUAGUUCCGAAGCCUCGUGCUGAAUGCACAAAAGGUGAACAACUAGCUGUUACAUUCGCUGCAGGUUACAUCGCUGGUGUUUUCUGUGCUAUUGUUAGUCAUCCAGCUGAUACUGUCGUAUCCAAACUAAAUCAAGCUAAGGGAGCUAGUGCCAUGGAUGUUGCCAAGAAACUUGGCUGGGCUGGAUUGUGGGCUGGUCUCAUUCCCAGAAUCGUCAUGAUCGGUACAUUGACCGCUGCUCAAUGGUUCAUUUACGAUGCCGUAAAAGUAUUCUUCAGAAUGCCACGUCCACCACCACCAGAAAUGCCAGAAUCGUUGAAAAAGAAGAUGGGACUUGCCUAAAUGGAUGAUCCAUUCAGGUAAACACAAAGCCGAAUUAACUAGAGAAAAUUUAAUUUAAUUUUGUAAAGCGAAAAGUUCAACUUAGAUAGGCAAUCUCGAUGUAAAUUUUAUCCUCAAGUAGACACAUAAAGUAAUUGUUAACACAG